AUAUGUAUUUUAUACUGGACUUGUACGGUGGCUCCAGCCCGUCAAUGUUGUAGCGUCGUGCGAUAUCAACAUCGCAAAAUACCCGUUUGAUUCACAAACGUGUAACAUAAUAAUGUCCUCGUGGAUGUUCUCCGAUCAGCAAAUUUACAUAUACAAUACCGACAAUGUCAUCAAUUUAGACCUUUAUUCUGAGAAUGGGGAAUGGGAUAUCACCUCAACAUCAGCUGCUGAAUUAAAAAGAACACUGCAUGGAUUUCCUAUGUCUGCGGUGUCAUUUACAGUAGAGGUUGAGAGAAAAUACAACUACUACGUAUUGAAUAUGAUAUUGCCUGUAAUCAUACUGGCUUUCCUGGGACCGUUUGUGUUUCUUCUACAAAUUGAAAGCGGGGAACAAAAUGGCUACUCCUUGACCGUCUUGCUGUCUAUGUCUGUAGUCAUGACCACAGUAUCUGAUAACAUUCCACCAACGGCAAACAACGUUUGUAUUCUAAGUGUGUAUUUGUUGACAACAUAUGUUUUGUGUGCUCUCGAAACCUUGAUAGUGGUCAUCAUGACAAGGAUGCAUAACUAUACUGAGAAAGGAUAUGAACCUGGCUGGAGAACCCAGAGAGUUGUAAAUGUUAUUGCAAAAGCUACAUGUUAUAGGCGGUCAGGUGAAGAAAGAACAAGCAUUAAGAUAGGAAGUAAAGUCGGUAUUGUCGAAAUCGAAGAUGAAAAGAAAACGUGGGCCAACGGGAAAGAGUCACCAAGAGACGAAGAAAGAGAUGACAACGACAGAAGACAAUAUUCGUAUCAAGAAUGCGUGUAUGUUAUCAAUUUCUUCAACUUUGUGGUAUUCUCCAUAGUUAACAGUCUUACCAUGCUUAUUUUUAUGUGUUUGUUAUCAUUUUAGACUGAGCAUUCUGUAAACUGGAUAUUUUUGAAACAUUUAAGCGCAUGAUUGAUAUUGUAAUCCAUAGUUGUUUUCACUUUCGGACAAGUCUGUUUUAAACCACCGAAAUUCUCAAGACGCUAUUCGCCAGAAUAUAUGUUAAGAUAGAACCAGCGCGAAUAUGAUUUUAUCUACUGGCAUUUGUGUAUUUACUGAUUUUGGUUUAUAAUUAAGGAACAUCUAGCGUUGAGAUACGUGAUGUGUUUCAAAAAAAGAUUUUGAAAGGAAAAUUGUGUACAUUUGUACCAACUGGAAAUGAUGCUACGAACAUUAACUGUAUUUAUGUCUUUUUUUUUGUUUCUGAACAAUUGCCUCCAGAUAAGAUUUAUGACAUUUAAAAAAAUACACACAACAUUUUGGCCAAUACCUACAAAAUAACUGUGAAAACAGAGUGAAUCGUAAACUUCUAGGGAGCAUGUAUUCAUGUCUGGUUCAUAUAGCCAGUAGAAUACGUAGGCUAGCUACGUAUGCAUUUGUUAUGCAGUAGAGGUUGGUGAAAAAUAGAAUUAGUUCAACUAUACUUGUUAUUAUUCGGGCUGACCAAAUGUUACAACAAAGUGUGUGAACAGAUUAUUAUGCUUCACAGAAGCCAUGUUUGAAAUAGUUUUGUUGACUGGGUAAAUUGGAUAUUUUGUUUCAUGCACAAUUUUUAAAUUUCACAUAAUUACAAUCUCUGAGCUGAAAUUUUAUGAUGUAUUGGACCGGCAUGCACACAUAAUAGAUAAUUAGAUUUAAAGCAAGUGAUAAUUGUACAGAUUUUCGGAUAGAUACGUUAUUAAGCUAAUUUUAUUUUGACCGAGUUUUAAUAAAGUAAACCAGCUAUUAUAGUGCAAGACUGUACAUUGAAAACACCGUGAUAUUCUGAAAUAUUUUAUUGCUUUCUUAAUUGUCAGAAUUUUGCGUAAUCAUUGUAAUUAGAAUAAAUAA